AUGGUUUAUGGCAAGGCUUGCCACUUACCAGUAGAGAUGGAACAUAAAGUGUACUGGGCUUUGAAGUUUCUAAAUUUUGAUGAAGCUCUAUCAGGGGAGAAAAGGAAGCUGCAACUCUUGGAGUUGGAAGAGAUGAGACUGAAUGCAUAUGAAUCCUCCAGGUUGUACAAAGAAAAAGUAAAGGCUUAUCACAACAAGAUGCUGCUGAAGAAAGACUUCCGACCUGGUCAACAAGUUCUGUUAUUCAACUCAAGAUCAAAGCUAUUUCUAGGCAAGUUAAAAUCCAAAUGGUUUGGACCAUUCACCAUCAAGGAGGUCAAACCUUACGGGGCAAUGGAAUUAUUUGACCCUCAUUCAGAAACUCCGGAUAGAAGCUGGACAGUAAAUGGCAAGAGAUUGAAGCUAUAUCAUGGUGGGAACAUUAAGAGAUUGACCACCAUUCUGUAA